AUGACGAUAAACUCUUUACUCACGACAACCUCACUCUCAUUACCACGGCGCACAAUAGCAUUCACCACCCCAGAAAACAACUACGCAUCACGACUCUCUCUCCUCCUCCAUAACCAUAACUUCAUCCCUCUCUCUUGCCCAACAAUUGUCGUAGGCCCCACUUCAGCUACCAAAUCCUCUCUCCUUCUUCACAUUUCUAAUCUACAACAUUUCUCCGCCGUCGCUUUCACUUCCCGCGCAGGAAUCUCCGCCUUCUUCUCCGCCAUUAACGAAUCACUUCCUCUUUCUCCCUCCUCCUACUCCGAAGAGGAACUUCUACUCUGUGCACUUGGAAAAGAUGCGGAGCUUCUUACACCGGAAUGUAUCUCGAAACUUCCAAUGAAAAGUAACCGAGUUAGAAUCGUCAUUCCUUCAAAUCCAAUACCGAGUGGACUCGUUGAGUCACUGGGUCAUGGUUUCGGUCGGCGAGUUCUAUGCCCGGUUCCUAUCGUAUUGGGCCUUAAAGAGCCUCCAGUUGUGCCAGAUUUUUUGAGAGAGCUAAGCUCAAUGGGCUGGAUUGCUGUUCGGGUUGAUGCGUAUGAGACGAGAUGGGCUGGGCCGAACUGUGUGGAGAAAUUAUUAGAAGUGUCGGAUUUGGAUGGGCUUGUAUUUACGAGUACGGCUGAGGUGGAAGGUUUGUUGAAGAGCUUGAAAGAGUUUGGGCUUGACUGGGACGAGAUGAGAAAGAGAUGGCCCAGACUUGUUGUUGCGGCCCAUGGGCCUGUUACUGCAUCUGGGGCUGAGAGGUUAGGUGUUAGGGUUGAUGUGGUCAGUUCUAGGUUUAGUUGCUUCGACGGUGUUGUUGAAGUUUUGACUCAUGUUUGGAAAGAGUCUCAAUUUUCUUGA